CGAUUUAAAUGGCAAAUACGAUACUGCUGUCUCUACUUUGACCUGCCUUUGCGACUAAGAGUAAAUCUAAUAAUCCAGAUCUUGAGGAUAUGUGUAAGAAGCAUAUUGGAGUUGAGAUUGGAGAUAAUGUGGAAUUUUUUAAACUUGUAAAAAUUGAUCCGAAUAACAAGAUGGAAUUUACCUCUGAAAUGACUGAAGUUGCAAUUAGAUUGAAAAAUUCUGAAUUCAGUUUGCAAUCUAUUGAAGGAAUGAUGACUCAAAAAGAGAAACUGCAAGAGCAGAUUACCAAUCUGGCCUCUUAUUGAAACAACAUAGAAAGCACUUCAAACAUCUCAAAUACCUCUCUUAAGGAAAAGUAUACCUCUCUUGAAUCGGAGAAUAAAUAGGUUGAAAAGAGUAGUCAAAGCUCAAAUGGAGGAAUCAGAAAAUCUCAGGAAAGAGACGAAUCAAAUAGUCUUAAAAUUGCGAGAAGAGUUUGACUCCUUAAAAAAUGACCAAAAUAAAGCAAGGAAUGGAGACAAGAAGACAUCCAAGAGUUAUGUCCCUGAUCUUGGAGUUCAGAAAGUCCCUGAUAUCGACAAAGGGUUGAUAGAGACAGCUAAUGCUGCUAGGAGACAGGAGCAACAUCCUAAUGAUCCCGGAUUUCUGAAGAGAGUCAAUAGAGAAACAGAAGGAGAGACUGAGCCUGAUGGCGAUAGAAAAAUGCAACCCGAGAAAUAG